AUGAGCACCCUGUGGGGCCCGGGGGCUGGUGCAUGGGUUUCGGCGGUUCCGGCUCACUCAGAUCUCACAUUCACUGCGGCGGAGUGGGGCAUUGCUGCUGCUAUACGGCUCGGGCUCCCAAUUCAGCAGCUGCAGGUGGCGGGGAGGUGUGUUUGUGGCACAGCAUAUGUUGACUCAGCAGACCCGCAUCAUGCCCUGAGAUGCAAGCACCAGCAUGGUCCAUCUCGGGUACAUGAUGAGGUGAAGUUUGCGGUGGCGAAGAUCUCUAAGGCGUCUGGGGGGGUGGUGACAAUGGAGGAUAGUGUGGUGCUGCAGGGGAAGCGGGUUGAUGUGGCGGUGCGACGACCAAUGGCUGGAGAGGCUCACGCCCUGGAGAUCAGCGUCGCGGACCCGCUAUCGCUGUCUCCAUCUUUGCUAGGACAGUGCGGGCGUCAAAUAGGCGUGGCGGCAAGAGAAUGGGAGCGUCGUAAAACGAGCGAUUACGCGCCUCUGCUUGCACGCAACCGGGGCGUGCAGUUCACUCCUCUGAUAGUGGAGACGUGGGGGUGUCUCGGCGGUCGCUUUCGGAGGUGGCUUCGUCAGCAGGGAGAUGCGCACGUGGGGCUAGCUGUGUCGCGGGGGGCUUGUCGGGAGGACGACACUGUGUUUUCGGCUUAUCUUCUAGGGUCACUGAAGGCGCUCAUCGGGGUGGCGUUGCAACGUGCGCAAGCCCGUGUCAUCCUGCUUCGAGCGGCGUCUUCUAUGGGGGGGAUUAACGUUGACUUGGUGGACCGGGAGUGGGACGAUGGCGAUGCGGAAGGCGGGGCUCUCUGGGUGGAGGCCCCGUACAUGGUGGAUUCGCUGUUGUGA